AUGUCUAUAAACGACGCUAGAUCUUCAAAGAUCACCCUUGGUCGGAAUGAAUGGGAUGCAACGGGUACCGUAGCUAACCGCUACCCUCUGAGCGGAGUAGAGGGUGAUGUAGAGGAUAUCCCGUCGGCGGUAAUCCCUGAUUUGCUUAAAUACUGCACGACAAUACAACCUUGCCGAGGCUUCCAUCUGGAGAGACAAGUCGGAGCCGCAAAACGAGAAAGGAGAUGGAAGGACCCCGUGCGGGCGACAUGUGGAACCCUAUCGGAUGCCCUGCCCAUUUCUAGGCCAAUGGAAAGCAAGAUUGUCACCUUUGUCAGGACACAUGAGUUCGCAUCCACCUCACAUGCUGCACCAGCAUUUACAUCCCGGCUAGACAUGCCUGUUGGGUUGUCAAGACAGCAAACGGGCCUGCCUCAUAGCAGAAACACCCCAUACAGGGUCUCCCCAAUCUUCGCUUCAGCACCCCUCGCUGUUUUCUCAAUGUCCCAGUCCAACAUCUUCAAUUUCUCGAACAUCAUGCUCUAUCACAGCGGAUCUGAAGCAACCGGUAUCACUGGUGAGACCUUUAUUGUCAAUACGAGUGCAUUGGGCUAA